CAGAGAACAUGCCGAUUUUAUCGAGUUCGUGCUGUGGGUGCUGUGACCUCAGGACGGGGUCGGUGGUGGUCGGCGCACUCUGUCUGAACAAUGCUGUGUUCGCCUUCCUGUACAACCUGGGUACAACUCAACAUCUGGGCACUCCGGGUACCUGGACUGCCUGGGUGACCCUCAUCCUGGAGGUCCUCUUCGUCAUAGCCUGCUGCCUUCUGCUCUUUGGCAUCAAAAAGGGCAACGUGACGUUCAUGAAGUUCUGGCUGGUGAUUGCCAUCAUCCUGGUGAUUUGGGAGCUCGUGAUGAUCAUUAUUCGUACCGCGCAAGCCGGCAAGUCGAUCACGGACUUAGCUGCAAUCUUGGGAGUCGGGUGGAUCUUAGUACUGAUCUUCAUCGGAGUAAAGAUCUACGGUAUCCUGGUGGUGUACUCCUACACCCAAACCGCCACCGUCGUUGCCUGAUCAUGAGAAGGACCAAACUGAACCCACCACAGCUUUGUGACAGUCCGAUGACAGAAUGUGUUACUUUAUAUUUCUAUUCAUCCGUGAUAUAGCAGUGUAUCAAUCUAAAACGCGAGGUACAUUCUAAAACUCAACUUUAAGCUAGGCACUGCUAGAGAUUUGUGUCGUGAUAACCACGUAAUGCGUAAAGAAUUAUUCUAUUGUGCUCAUAAGGUAUUUAAUGAGUUAGUGAUGAUGCCUAGAGGAUAAUAAAACAG